GCCUGGCGCCAUGAGCGGCCUGGGGCUGGGUUGGGAGGCGCAGGAGGCGGGGGCGGUGGCGGCCGCCUUGGAGCGGCGACGGCAGCGGGAGCUGCAGCGGCAGAGCCGCGUCUUCAACGCGCGGCUCCGGACCAUAGGGGUUGAUAAAGAUGCAUUGGAUGCCCAAGUCAAGGAUAGGAAAAUUCAAGAAGCAGCUAAAAAAGCACGAAAUGAAGAACUUGCUAAUGAAAUUAAGCAAAAUGACAAGGUCAUGUGUAUGUUAGAAGAAAGACAGAAAUAUGAUAUCAGAAACAUAAAUAAGGCUGUCAGUGACUUUCAGAAGAAUUUUCAGAAGCCAGAAACAAGACGUGAAUUUGACUUGUCUGAUCCCCAAGCCCUAAAGAAGGAUAGACCUGCUCGACUUUCAGACAGUGAUCCUCGAUGUACGGUAUCCAGCUUGCAGAAGUUUAUGGGUGAAGACUUAAACUAUUCUCUUAGGAUGAAAUUUCAAAAGGAGCAGUUAAGAGAGUGGUCUCUUCAGCAACAGAGAGACUGGAAGAAUGCACUAGCUGAUAAAAAAUUUUUAGAUGAUCUUCAUGACAAGAAUACGAUUGAACUUGACCGAAAGACUAUGGAGCAACAGCGAACAGAAGAAGAAACCCAUCGUGCUGUUUGUGCAGCUACUAAAGAAUUCAACAGAAGCCAAGCUGCUGAACUAGCUGAGAGAAAGAAGCUGGAAAAACAUCAAAAAAUGAAAGAUGACAUGGAUGAGAUUUCCAGCCUCCUUCAGGGAGACUUACUUUCUGAAAACCCUGAGCAAGCCAUCAGUUCCUUUGGUAGGCAUCGUGUGAUUACAGAUCGGUGGAAGGGAAUGAAUCAGGAUCAGCUGAUGGCAAUCCGUUCAUCUCAACAGCAACAAGUUCUGGAGAAGCUGAGACUAAAAGAGGAAGAAUGCAGAAGAGAUGCUGAAUGGGAUAGGCAAAGUAUACAGGCUGCAAGAGCGCAGUUGAUUUUAGAGCGGCAUCAACAACGACAGAGUUGGGAACGCUGCCGAGCUCUGGAUAGCAUAAAUGCAGAGCUAUCCCAGGAGCAAAAAUCAAAGAACAUUUAUCUUAAAGAAGAAGAAUAUUCAAAUGUCCCAACAAGCCAAUACUUUGCACAGUUUAAUACAACCAGUCGAUGACAGCCUAGAUGCAUCAAUCUGAAAUACGUAGAAUUUUAGUUACCUGACAGAAAAAUGAAUAAAGAAGCAUUGAAAAGUUCAUGAUGUUG